CUCUGAGCCAAAGGCUGUGGCUUCCUGUGGUUGAGAGCUGAACCCAGGUACCCAACUACUAGGCACAUGGAGAGCAACAUGCUCUUCACCCUGCUGGGGCUGUGUGUGUGGCUGUGCGUGGGGCUGGCGUCUGACUUACAGGAUGCGGAACUGAAGGACUUCAAUAUAAACAAGUUUUUAGGCCUCUGGUAUGAGAUUGCCUUUGCCUCCAUGAUGGAUACACAUGGCUUAGCGCACAAGGAGCAGAAGUUGGGAGCCAUGACAGUCAAGCUGGAAGAGAACCUUCUGGCUCUGACCACCACCUAUUACAAUGGGGACCACUGUGUGCUGGAGAAGGCCGGGGCCGUUCAAGUAGACCAUCCAGGGAAAUUCAAGGUCACCAAAAUAUCAGGAAGCAAAGAAGUUGCUAUUGUGGCCACUGACUACCAGACCUAUGCCAUCAUAGAUAUCUCUUCUCCAGUAGCUGGGACAGUCUACCGGGCCAUGAAACUGUACAGCCGGAGUUUGAACAACAAUGAGAAAGUCCUGAGAAAGUUCCAGAAGGUAGCCUUGGAGAAUGGGUUCACCACAUCAAACAUAAUCAUUAACAAGCAUGACUUAACCUGUGUGAACAUAUUGCAGUCGGGAGGUGAACCAAAGUCCUGAAUAAGGAAAUGAUCUGAGGAGGAGGUGGUAGCUCUGCCCAUCUGGCCUCCCCUGCCCCUACCCAAGGUGUUCCUUGACCUGUGACAAAUAAACCUUGCUGCCACAUG